AUGUCUAAAGUUGAGCAGUGGAUCACCUACGCAGACAAACGCAAGCCUCCGUGUCCCUUCAACCGACGUUGGAGACUGUCACAGACGAUCUCAUUCGUAUUUGGAAAGGACAAAAUUCAGCACAGGUGGUCUGUCCUGCGUUUCAAUCCGCACCUGGGAAAGGAAGAACGGAUUGCCGACAUGGAGGAACACAUAUGGGCCUCUUACAGUCUCGUGGGCGGUGAGUUGCCUGACAGUUACGCAGCUCCUCUUCUGCGCACCUGCCUUGUUUUCCUCUUUGUCUAAUUUGGCCAGUUGGUGUCUCUUUUUGCCAGUAGUAGUAGUAGUAGUAAUAGUAGUAGUAGUUGUAGUAGUAGUAGUAGUAGUAGUAGUAGUAGUUGAGGAGUUUUGAGGUCUUGGCGUUGUUUAUUCGCCUGGCCUGUCCCGAAGCGUUUGUUUUUUCCGUCUGCAAUUUACCCAACCGUGUCUCUACCUGCGUGGUUUGUGUCCGUCACUGGCGGCCACUCAAAUGGGAGAUUUGUCCAUCCACGUCUUUUUGUCCGAUGAUGAUAUUUCCCCUCUUUCUGUCAACUAAACGCCUUUUUAUUUUAUCUUUCCUAUCUUCUUUUACCUUUCAACUUUGUCUUUCUUCCGCGCAAUUUUAUGAAAAUUUUUUCUAUCCCACCCCAUCCCCACGAAAGAGAGUAUUUUCGUGGUUGGAGGAGACACUGCGCAAGGGAGGUUCUCCACGAGUGUCGAGGAGUUUCUGGUGGGAGAACGGCGCUGGUGCAAACGGGCGUCCCUCGGCGUUGGACGCAACGGGCACGCUGCCGCUGUCGUGACGGAAUCCAGAGGGGAGGCGCUUAUCGGCGUUUUCAGUGGAUACAACGGUGGAUGCCUUUCCUCUUGUGAAGUCUUUGAAGUCAGUCGGGACAGGUGAGCGCACACUCGUCCUGGCGCUUCCCUUUUUUUUCUUGCAGAAUCUUCCUGUUUUGCCUUCUCACUCGUCUCCUUCCCAACGCACAGGUGCUUCAAACUGCCCGAUCUGCGAGAGAAGAGGAACGACACAGCUGCUGCCUGCCUGCCUGCCUGCCCGGCGACAGUAAAGUCUUCGUUUUUGGCGGUCAUAAUGACUCCUCUCCACGCUGGCUUCCGUGGAGUUCUGCCACCUGCGAGCAGACUGGCGAGAGAGGGCGACCUUGUCGGACUUUUGGCAGCCAGCCGCACCCAUGAGAACUGCACGAUACGGGCUGGCAGCGAUACACUUUCGUGGGAAAAUCAUUGUCGCCGGGGGAUUUGA